AUGCAAUCUCAUUUUAGCGCUAAUUUUACUAAUAAUGAUUAGUUUUGCUUAUGUAAGGGUUUGAUUUAUUUAGCAAUGAAUGAAUUAGAUUAAUUUUCAAAUUUUGGUGAAAUUGAGGGUUAGAUAAGUGUUUAAAAUAAAUUAUGUAAAACAUAGCUAAAAGUUGAAUAAAGAAAUGGAGAAUUAAGGUAUAUCUUAGAUGGAAGAAUAAUAAAAAGGUUUAUAGUUAAUAAAUAAUUAAAGUGAAAAGAUAUUUGAGCCAAAAAUUGAAACCAAUAUAGAUUAAAUUUUACAUCUAUAGUGGAUUGGUGAAUCAAAAAAUUAAUAGAAAUAAGAUAGGUGGUAUGCCUUAUGGAAAGGAGAAAGAUUAAAUUCAGGAGGGAAUUACAAUUAAAAUGGAUUAAAAAUAGGAAUAUGGAUAGAACUAUAGGAGAAUUAUUGGGAGUAUAAACUUUAUUUAUAAUUUAAUAAGUUAAGCAGAUAUUUAUCAUAUUGGAAUUUAUAAAAAUGGAAGAAAAUAUGGAAAGUGGAAGACAGUUUACAUGGAUAGAAUAUUGUAAGAUAAAAAUGAUAUUUCUAGAGGUGAAGGAGAUUAUGAUGAAAAUGAAUGUAAAGUAGGUAUGUGGGUGGAAAUAAAUAAAAAUUUCAAUGAGUACAUAUUUAUUCACAUAUUAAAGUUAAUGCUAAAUUAUACAAAAAGGCUUGUAUAAUUAGGGAUAAAAAAUUGGCAGAUGGGAUACAAGAUUUAGAUCACAUAAAGGUCAUUUUGAAAAUAUGUAUUUAUAUUAUAUAAAUUAAUUAGUGGAGGUGGUUAUUAUGAUAUGUAAUCAAACAAAUAAGGCUUAUGGGUUGAAAUUUCUGAUAGCUUUAUGAAGUUUAAAUUAUAAUUACUUUUAGUGAUUGUAAAUUAACGUUAGCUGGUUUGUAUAAAAAUAAUAGAAGAAAUGGUUAUUGGAAUAUCAUUUAUGAAAAUAAGAGGAUAUCUAAAUAUUUAUCUAUGUAAAUAAUUCAAUUAUUUAUAUUAUAGAGGUGGAGGAAAUUAUAAUUGCAAUGGAAUGAAAUAAGGAAAAUGGAUAGAAAUAUACAGCAAUUUUAAUAAGUUUAUUAAAUAAUUCUAAAUCUAAUUUAUAGAGAUACUUAAAUUUUUAUUGAAGGAGAAUAUCAACAAGGAAAGAAAUUAGGAAUUUGGAAAAUUUUUUAAAUCUAUGAAUAUUUAUAGAAUUUAAAAAUUAUGUAAUUAAAUUACUAACUAUUAAUAGUGGAUUUGGAGCAUAUAGUGAAGAAGGGCAUAAAGAUGGAAAAUGGAUUGAAAUAUUUGAGAAAUCUAAUAAGUAUGAUAAUUAGUAUUACAGAAUAAGGGAUUGUUAUGCGAAUGAUAUCGGGAAUUAUAAUAAAGGAUAAAAAGUUGGGUUAUGGGAAACAUAUAGUUUAUUGAAGGAUUAAGAUAAGCUUUAAAAAAUGUUUUAUGAAAUUAAUAUAAUAUUGUAGUGGUGGAGGGGUUUAUAAUGCUAAUGGUAAAAAACAUGGAGAUUGGAUAGAAUUAUAUUUGCUAUAAACUGAUUAUUGGAAUGAUUCUCUUUUAGUUUUGAAUGGAAAAUAUUAAAAUGGAUUGAGAAUUGAAAAAUGGGAUAUAAAAUGGCAAGAAUAUGAUAAUAAUAAUAAAAAUUAGAUUUAAAUGUAUAAUAUAUAAUUAUAGAAGAGGUGGAGGAAUUUAUAAUGAAAAUGGAAUCAAAUGUGGUUAAUGGAUUGAAUUAGAUUAAAAUUUUAACAGGUAAUAAUUAAUUCUAUAAAUAGUAAAUGUAAAGUUCUUCAUCAAGGAAAAUACGAAUAGGGAUUUAGAAUUGGGAAUUGGAAAAUUAAAUUUUGUUUCUUAAAUACUAAAAAUUAUAUAGAAAUGUAAUAAAUGAAUAUAAAUAAAUAGAGCAGGAGGUUAAUAUAAUGACUAAGGAUUGUAAGAAGGAAAAUGGAAAGAGUUACACAAUAAUUUUUAUGAGUAACAAAAUAAUACAUCAAUUAAAUAGUCAUUUCCAAUGUUACAAUAUAGGAUAAUAUUAGAAUAAACGAAAAUGUGGAAAAUGGAAAACCUUUUAUUAUGAUGAUAGUAAGUUGGGUAAUGUCAAUCUGUAAUUCUAAAUUAUAAAAAAUUAGUGGAGAAGGAUAAUAUGAUGAAAAUGGAAUGAAAUAAGGAAAAUGGACAAUAUUGCAUAACAAAUUUAAUUAGUAAUUAUAUAACUUAUUCACUUUGAGAGGUAAAUUAGGUUUUAAUGGCUGGAAAAUUUAAGGAUGGAAUUAAAUUUGGAUCUUGGAAAUAUUUAGCAAGAAUGAGAUAUUAUAGCCAAAUUGAAAAUAUGUAAAUUUUCAAAUUUAUUAAAAAGCGGAGAAGGAAAAUA